CGAAGACAAAAAAAUGCGCUUUGAAUCCAGAGGUGGCUCGGUGCCUGCACACCCACUUUCCUCGAAUGAGUCUUAUCUGGAAGAAAAACUCAGUGGGUUGACAUUAUGUGAUGAAUUCCUGCCAACACGUAUGGACUUGGCAGCCAUAUGCUGAUUCAAAGGAUGCAUGGAGUGAUAGCAAUGGCCACAUAUCGCUGGAUAGCCAACAAGACUAUGAGCUGAUCGAAGCCAAACAGAAAGCCGAAGGAUUUUAUUUGCUCUUCAAAAGGCCUUUCAGUACCUGCGAUCCCAGAGACUACCUUAUAGAGGAAGGAACUGUGCACAUCAUCUAUGGCUUCUUGGAUCAGCCACUUGCCUCUCUGGAAGAGCUAAAUCUGUCCAGGAUCCACACAGGGGUACAGAGAGUGCUGAUGCUACGCCCCGAUACACCACCACCCACCCUGCCUCCGGACAUUCAGACCCUAGACGUUGUGGCGCCAAAUGUCAUCAUACCAAACCAAGAGACCACCUACUGGUGCUUUAUCCACAAGCUGCCUGAGAAUAUGCCCAAAACCCACAUUGUCAUGUAUGAAUCAGUGAUAACUCCAGGCAAUGAGGCCAUCGUGCAUCACAUGGAAGUGUUUGAAUGUUCGCCGGACAUCCGUGAUGUUCCACAGUAUAGCGGCUCCUGUGAUGACAAGAUGAAGCCAGGAAAGCUGAACUUCUGCCGCCAUGUGUUAGCUGCAUGGGCUAUGGGUGCUGAGGCUUUUUACUAUCCCCCAGAUGCAGGGUUGGCUAUGGGUGGACCAGGUUCUUCAAGGUUCCUUCGUCUGGAAGUCCAUUACCACAACCCACUCCUCAUAUCUGGCCGGCGUGACUCAUCAGGGAUACGACUGAAUUACACUCCCAGCCUGAGGCGGUAUGAUGCAGGGAUCAUGGAGCUGGGUCUCGUUUACACUCCUGUCAUGGCAAUCCCACCCAAACAGCAUACCUUUUACCUCAGUGGCUACUGCACAUCCAAGUGUACUCAGACUGCUUUGCCUCCAAAAGGAAUCUUUAUUUUUGCAUCCCAGCUGCACACUCACCUGGCAGGCCGCGGGGUGAGGACAGUUUUGGUGAGGGGAGGCAAGGAGCUGGAGGUGGUACAAGAAGACCAGCACUUCAGUACACACUACCAGACAAUUCGAGUUCUAAGGAAAAUGGCGAAUGUUUUACCUGGAGACACUCUCAUAACAAAGUGUACUUACAACACAGAGGAUAGGACCAAGCCCACAGUGGGAGGUUUUGGCAUUAUGGAAGAAAUGUGUGUUAACUACAUUCACUACUACCCUCGUACUCAGCUGGAGCUCUGCAAAAGCCAUGUUGACCCAGGAUACCUGCAGAAAUACUUUAGCUUCAUUAACAGGUUCCAUGGGAAUGACCAGUGUGUGUGUGGGGAAGUUAGUGUGACGGAGCAGUACACUCAGAUGUACUGGGAUGACUUUACCGGGGAAGUUCUGGAUUCUCUUUAUAACACAGCUCCCAUCUUCAUGCACUGCAAUCAGUCGACUGCACGCCUCUUUCCUGGUGAAUGGGAAAAACAGCCCAUCCCAGUUGUGACCUCUAUACUUCAGAAACCUCGCUACCCAUGUGAGGGAGGCGCGGUCCCCUCCAGCUGAUCCCGUGCAGCCUGGGUUUGGGCAGGGACAUCACGGGAUGUUUCGUCCCAAGGAGCAGACAUCGAAGCUUUGGAAAUUUAAGUGAGCUCCUGUGAUGUGAAUCAGUUUGCCUUCGGUUUUAUCUCUAUUAGUGUUGGGUGUUAAAUGGCAUCCGCUAUUAGCAGUAAUUAUACGCUUCUAAACACCCGCUGUGUGUGUUUAUUAGUGCACAUUAAUUCAGCUACAUUCCUGUUCAUGUUUCUUUUUUCUUUUCUUGUUUUAGGGGAGAGGGGUUGG